CUUCAAGGGUUCUUCAUAGCAAGAAGACAAAAGAGGUUUAUCUUUUUGUCAACCGGAUAAUCACUGACGACCUUGCAUUCGCGAUUUGGGUACGCCGUAGCAGCAUUGCUCCCUAUCGUGUGACCCGUUCGCACUCGCUCGAAAACAGGAUGCCGCGUCCCCCAAUCGUGUCGAAGGCUCAAGAGGUGCUCGGCCCCCGCCACAUCAAAGAUGCGUUUGCUAUUUGUCGCUUGGACAAGCCUUGCGGGGAAACCAGAACGUGCCGCCGAGUCUGCCCCAAUACGUGCGCCUGCUCGGAACAUGAUCAUGAGCUCACUAUUCACGGUCGACCUUCAGCGAUCCCGAUUUGAGCCCCUGAAGAUUUUCGGGAUCGUAGCGUCUGAAAGUUCCGGAGCGUGACCUGCCAGUGGAAGUCCAUUGUCUAUCCCGGUACCGCUCUGAUGGUGAAGCGGCGGUGGCUGCGGACUGGUGCCUUGAGCAUUGUUCGGCUGCUGUAGUGCGAAGGUCAAAACAUAGCACGCUCUCUACCUAAGGCUCUCACUGAGGUCAAGGUGAGCUGAACAGUUUUUCCGGUAACUGUUCAAUGCACUCGCUGGCACAAGACAGGACACGAUACUAGUGCCAAAGGGCUUACAGCUUGAAAAUCGCGAAAGACCCUUUGGGAAACCUGAUCCGUAUUAACCGCUCCGCUGUUUCUCUCAUGGCCCUUUUCGCGUUCCAUACACAUGGAAGUCCUAUUGAAUUUUCACUUACAGCCUUUAAACCACCAUGUCCGUGUCCGCGUCCUCGGAUUACUCCGCGGCGCCCUGCUAGGACGGCAACCCAAAGCCUCUAUCUGUAUACCGCUCUAUUGUUAGCCCUCGUCAUCCGUUUUUCCAGCAAAAGACAACGCAUCACUAAUUUGUCCUCGGGAAGUGUAUCGCUUAUGGCUAACUGGGGGAACUGAGGGAAUGUGGCCAGGGCAUCCUUACUAACAGACCGCCACAACUUUGGGCACAGCGCCCUCAAGCAAGCCACUCUGAGCAUCCGCAGGCGCAGAAAAUGUCGUGGCUCAAGCUAGGUCUGUUCGUUUCGUCGGCCCUGGGCAAUGGUAUCUCGGCGAGCAACCCGAACCCGAAUCCGCCAAAAGAGGCGUUAGAGCAGGUCAAGAGAACGACGGGCGACAUGGUGAUGGGGAGGUUCAUGGGGCAGACACUCGCUGUCGUUGCAGUGAUACCUACCCUCGCAGAGGCCGCUAUCACCGUCGCGCUGAAAUACCCCUCGUCCACGUCGUCGAGGGUGCUCGAUUUUCUCGGAUACGACCCCAGCAGGUGCUCCACCGAGCUAUCGGGCACAUUCCUCACCGGCGCGGCCCUCGCCACGCUCGGCGGCAUCGGUCGCUGCUGGUGCUACCGCACCCUGGGGCAAUACUUCACCUUCCAGCUCACGCUGUACCGCGACCACCACCUGAUCACGUCGGGGCCGUACGCGGUCGUGCGCCACCCGAGCUACACGUUCGUGCUCAUGAUAUGCACGGGCAUCGCGGUCGUCCACGGAGCGCCGGGCUCGUGGCUCCGGAGCGCUGCUGCGUUCGCGCCGCUGCGGUACGCGAUCAUGCUGGUGUGCUCGUCAAUCAUACUUGUGUCGUGGAAGUUUAUGCUCCAGCGGUUACCGCUGGAGGACGAGUAUUUGCGUCGGCAUUUUGGGAGGGAGUGGGAGGCGUGGGCGAGCAGAGUCAGGUAUUGGUUGGUGCCUGGGAUUAUAUAGAGCUGUCUACACGAAGUUGUACUUUGUGACUUGGCGAUAGAAUAGACGUUGACGUGGGUUUGUCGUAUAUAUUGAUAAAUAACGUGACAACUUCC